AGUACCCGCCUCCCGGUCAACAUUUCUAGGUGUAGAGGAGGACAUAUGAAAGCCUCAGAAUGGAAAUUCUCAAAGUGGAAAUAAUUUGUGAUGCAUGAAAUGCGACACCAAAAAGACUGUAUUGCAGAGGACGCAAUGGAGGCCGACUAUUGUGCUUCUACGGGUUCAGAAUUGGGCUGCUGAUUAGCACGAGAGAAGGGCACACCUUUGCCCUAACUAGCAUGACAGACAUGUUUUGAGUGCCCGGGAAAUUUGUCAUGCGCGGCCGAUUAGAAAUGGCACUUCAACUGGAAUUGUUUUUUUGCAUUACAAAUCAUUUCCACGUUGAGGAUUUCCAUUCUGAGGCUGUCAUAGGACACAGCUUUUGCUGCUGCCACCAGUUCUUCGAGCGGCAAAAGUGGCAGAAUGAUGUGGACGUGCGCGCGCGUGCCCCUGAAUGACCUCCAAAAGAAGCCGGAGGCCGAGCCCAGCUCGACGUCUCCUGGCACUACCAAAGGGGCAACAACAACUGCUUGCGGGAGAAGAAAAGAAGAUGGCUAUAAUUUUACGGAGGGGGUUGUUCUUCUUGCGCCGCAGCCGGGUCUACCUUGUUUCUCCUUCAGUACCUCACCGCCAACGCUGGUGGACGUGGAGGGGUUCGAAACCCCAGACGCGGAUGCUGAUUGUGAUUUCCCUGCCCGGACCUCAAGUACGAACAGCAUGAUGACAGUCCAACAAGAUAAUGUGCACAAUGUACUCAUCACGGACACGGAACAAAUGAACGAAGACAACAUCGUCCCUGCCGACGUCGAGCAACUGAUGUCCGAGAUUAUCGACAUGCUGAAGCACAUGAGCGAUUUCGAAAUGGAGCACCGGCUUUCCGACGCCGAAGCACAGGUUGCCUUGCAGAUCAUCGACGAACGUUUGGCGUUGAGUACGGAUAGGGAUAUCGUGCGAGCCACUGCGCUGUUGCGCAACAAGUGCAAGAAAAGCAAGCGGAACUUCUUGUGCGAGGACGAUGCAAGAACUUGUAGUGCAUCAACAUCAGAGGCAGUGAGGCUGGAGGACGCCACGCGUCAGUGGCAGCAGAAGCUGCGCGGCCUCAUUAUGUUUAUGACCACGAAGACCGAUAUGGAAGCGUCCGGAUUGAUGAAAUCGACAAAGUUGAAAUAAUUUCUCAUGCAUAAAUUGCAAGGCAUGAAGUUGCGCCUCUCUUGCAGGGAUGGCAAGUGAGGCCGACUGUCAGCCUGUAGUUUGGGGUCUGCGAAAUCAGAGCUGCUAAAGUAGCAUGACAAAACACGCCCUCUGUCCCUAAACAGCAUGACAAACUGGAUUUAGGCGGUGCCGAAAGUAUUCGUCAUGCACCGCUUGGAAAUUGAGCUUCCAACAAGUAUCCAUUUUAUGCAUCACAAGUUACUUAUUUCAGCUUUGUCGAUUUCAAUUCUGACACUCCCAUAACCGAACGCAGUUCUUACCGAGUUCUUCAAGGAGGAGUCGAAAAAUGCGCCAGAAGUAUCCCGAGGAAAAACGUCCUCACCCCAGAGUUGUCAUGCAAAUCCGCAUGCCAAAAAAUAAAAAUUUCUCAUGCGGAGCCCCAUGAGAACCAUUUUCUAGUCGUGUUUUGGAAUUUGAAUUUGUUAUGCUAGAAUCAGCAUGAUGUGCUAGAUCUAUGAUGCUUCGGAACUAGCUAAACAGGACUAAACUACGAGGGCAAACUUGUCAUGCGAAACAGCCAAAGCUGGCUGAUUUGUGUAGCAGAUUUCCCAUUUUGACUCUGGGGUGGGGACAUUUUUACUCAGGAUAAGAACUGCGCCAACUUCUGCGACCGCCAGCACAGCGACAGGCUCAGGCGGCG